AUGAAAUUUAUUUCCCCACUCAUCUCUCUCGCUCUAUACUUGGGUUCUGCCACUGCAGACUAUGCUGAAAAUGCGGCUUCCGCGAUCAAUACUUUGCAAACAAAGUUUUAUUUCACAGAGACGGGCUUAUGGGACAACCUAUGGUGGCAGUCUGGCAACUUUCUUGAGACCAUUGCUCGUUUCGGCCAACUUGACUCUGCUUUCAAACCGACAGCCAUGGACAUCAUCUCCAACACAUAUGCUAGAUCAGGCAACCUAGCAGGAGCUAAUAGAUGGGUCAACACAUAUUACGACGACAUGGGCUGGUGGGCCUUGGCCUGGAUCGCCUCGUAUGAUCUCACUGGCGACACCAAGUACCUAGACACUGCCAAACACCUCUUCGAAGACAUGACCACUGGCUGGACCACCCCUUGCGGUGGAAUCUGGUGGAGCAAGGACAAAAACUACGUCGCCGCCAUCUCCAACGAACUCUUCCUCUCCGUAGCCGCACACCUCGCCAACCGCGUCUCUGGUUCCGAAAAGCAAGACUAUAUCCACUGGGCCCAGCAAGAAUGGGACUGGUUCCGUUCCUCGCCGCUCAUCAACCCCGACAAUCUCAUCAACGACGGCCUCAACGCAGACUGCAAGAAUAAUGGCCAACCAACCUACACCUACAACCAAGGCGUCAUCCUCGCCGCCCUCAGUGAACUAGCACGCGCAACCGGCGACGCUUCCCUCGUCGACCGCGCAAACUCCAUCGCCUCCGCCGUCAUGACCAAGCUGUCCGACCGCGGCAUCCUCACAGAGCCCCGUGCCGAGGCCCUGGACAUACAAGCUGCAUUGUUCAAGGGCCCGUUUGUUCGUGGCUUGUCCACGCUCAAUCAGUACAAGCGCAGGCAGGAGUUUACCGACUUCUUGAGAAGGAAUGCGGACUCGGCGUGGGCGCAGCCAAAGGUUGAUGGGCUCAUGGUGGAUCGCUGGCAAGGGGGGAGUGCGAAUGCGAAUGCGGGGAGUCAGGGGGCCGGGAUUGAUGUCCUGGUUGCUGCGGCGCAGACGAUUUAUGUCGUCAGCAUCCUGGUAGCGAAUUUCCAAUAUCGCUUCAUCAAGGUUUUGCCGUGCUGGCCUGAUGGCUGCGCGCACAAGGUUUCCGCUCACAUCCAUACAACACAUUCGCACAUGGCGGUCUUCGGUGCAACUGGCUCGCCGCUGUCCCAAAUCGUGGCUGGACCGCUCUCCUUCUCCAAUUGUUGCGAUACUGAAGACAUGUGGGAUCAGGUUCGGACGUUCCACCAGUUCUGGCUGCCAUUACUCCGAUUUACAUCACACGCAAUGGCUCGCAUCAGGAACAAAAAGAUCGAAGAGGUGCUCGCUUCCACGGCAGAUCAAGGGGCGCAAAUCGACCAAGUAGCGAAGAUUCGACGCUGGUUCCGGCCCCAGGAUGAUAGCGUAUACUUUCCUGUUGUCCAGGACCUCGUCAACGGGAGAAUGUCCACGGACGAGGCAAGCACCAGGAUUUUCGGGCAAAUCGACGAAAAGAUCGCUGCCAGCAAAGUGGACGAUGUAAACUAUCUGGACCUCUGGUACAGCAUCAUCCACUCGGCAAGGCGCAUCGACUACCGGGACAUGAAGCAGCGCGACCAGGUGGCAGACCUAGUAGAUUUAAUCGAAAAGUUCAAGUCUCACUCGAUACCGGACAAUGCAAAAUACAAUCACUUGUAUGAGUCAUUGACUGAUUUCUCCACGGCAAGUCGAGAAGCCUACAAUGAUACCCCGGUAGCACAGGACGGCUUUAUCGACAUUGAGUGUGCUGCCUGGGCCAAUAUGAACUACUUCUUCGCUCGCAUCACCGAUAAAGGCCUCCAGGAUCUUUCCAUAUACGCCAUCUGGGCGCUGCGCGACGCACUGGAGACUGACCACCAAGACGACCGCGAAGCCACCGCUGCCCAAAAGUACGACGCCCAUGUCCCCGCCGCAUCAGCCUGGAUCACGGGAGCCGGACGAACCCUCUUCACCAAAAAAGUAGAUCUUACACCCACUGACCCCAAGCAAGGCAACCCCGCAAAAGGAGGCGAGCUAUGGAAAGGCAAACCAGAGUUCAGCCAGCAACGAUGGCUCUUCUGGAAAGAACGAUUUGCAAGCAUUGCGGGAAUGGACAACGUCAGAGAGUACACACGCAAUAUAGCAAAGACCUCUGUGCAGGAGAUGGAACGCGCGGAGACGUCUGAGCACGUCUAG